AUGCUCCAACAACAAUCUCUCACAAAUCGGUCAAUAUCUAAUAUGACUACCGAGUAUUUACACAGUGAUCAUAAAUCACAACUAGUGACAUCUAGACAAUCUAGUCAUCCUGUUAAGUCUGCUUUACCUGGACGUCGAAAUGAUGUGAAUUCAAACUUGAUGACAACAAUUUCUCACUAUCCUACGGAACUAUUGCAACAACAGCAACAACAACAACCUGGAUUACUUCUUCAGGUAUUGCCACAGGAAUAUCUAGCAAAUUAUGCUCAGAAUUUGGCUAAGCUUAAUGUCAUAAAAAUUCUGGAGAUUUAG